UAGUAAUAUAAUACUCAAUCCCCGCCGUCAAGUCACCCUCUGCUCCGUGUCGCACCGCAUCUCCGCCGAGAAAGCGGGAGCCACGCCACCACCUUCUGCCACAAGUUAACGGAGAAAAUGAUUCUCGCACACCACAAGCUCUCCGCUUUCCACUGCAUUUUUCAAUUAUCAUCGACUUAAACUAUCUUCAAAAGCCAAACUUUCCCCUAAGAGUCAUAAUCAGACCAAACGAUGGCGUCUUUGCUCUUCCGGCGACGACUCCGAGCUUCCAUUUCUCCUUCUACCCUGCUACGAGAUAAAGUUGAACUCUACGGGCUUCCUUUCAAAUCAAACAUCGUGGUGUCGUUUGGUAUUUGUAAUUGCUUUAGGCAGCUCAGUAGUUCUGGUGAUGCAAAGAAAUUUGACUUCACAGACCUCACCCGUCCUCAUACUUGGUACCCAAAUGCUCGAAGGAAAAAGCGGAAGAUCUUUUUACAUGUUGGUCCAACAAAUAGUGGUAAAACACAUCAGGCUUUGAAACAAUUGGAGACGAGUUCUUCUGGUAUUUAUUGUGGGCCAUUGAGACUUUUGGCAUGGGAGGUGGCGAAAAGAUUGAACAAGGCAAAUGUUCCUUGCAAUCUGAUUACUGGACAAGAAAGGGAGGAGGUAGAUGGUGCGAAACAUAAAGCUGUUACAGUGGAGAUGGCUGAUGUUACAUACAACUAUGAUUGUGCUGUUAUUGAUGAAAUUCAGAUGUUAGGGUGCAAGACAAGGGGAUUCUCAUUUACUCGUGCUUUACUAGGAAUUUCUGCAAAUGAGCUACACCUUUGUGGAGAUCCUGCUGCUGUUCCUUUAAUUGAAGAAAUACUUAAAGUUACUGAUGAUGAUGUCAAGGUUCAACACUAUGACAGGCUUUCACCUCUCAUUCCUCUGAAGGUCCCUCUUGGAUCUUUCUCCAAUAUUCGCACAGGUGACUGCAUUGUGACGUUUUCAAGGCAGGAGAUAUACAGAUUAAAGAAACAAAUCGAAGCUGGGAAAAAGCAUCUUUGUUCUGUAGUUUAUGGUUCAUUGCCGCCUGAGACUCGAACAAGACAGGCAACCAGGUUCAACGAUGCUGAAAGUGACUUUGAUGUUCUUGUAGCUAGUGAUGCUAUUGGGAUGGGUCUUAAUCUUAACAUCUCUAGAAUCAUAUUUUCAAAGUUGGAAAAAUUUGAUGGUAUGGAGACACGGGAACUUACUGUUCCAGAGAUCAAACAAAUUGCAGGAAGAGCUGGUAGGUAUGGAUCCAAAUUUCCAGUUGGUGAAGUAACUUGUCUAGAUGCAGAAGAUCUGCCCCUCCUUCAUUCAUCCCUAAAUUCUCCGUCUCCAAUUUUGGAGAGAGCAGGAUUAUUUCCAAGCUUUGACCUUUUGUUGAUGUAUUCUCGUCUUCAUCCUAAGCACAGUCUAUACCAGAUUUUGGAACAUUUUGCAGAGAAUGCCAAGUUAUCUGCAAACUACUUCAUCGCAAAUUGUGAAGAAAUGUUGAAAGUUGCUGCUGUUAUUGAUGAGCUACCCCUUGAACUGGAUGAUAAGUAUCUCUUUUGUAUGAGCCCAGUUGACGUGGAUGAUUACAUCUCAUCUCAGGGCCUUACACAGUUUGCUCACAAUUAUUCUCAACAUGGCAUUGUCCGGCUUAAGGAGAUAUUUACCCCAGGAACAUUGAAGGUGCCAAAAACCCACACUGCUCUUAAGGAGUUGGAAUCUAUUCACAAGGUUUUAGACCUCUAUGUUUGGUUGAGUUUUCGGCUCGAAGAUAGCUUCCCAGAUCGUGAACUGGCGUCUUCACAGAAGAGCAUUUGCAGCUUGUUGAUCGAGGAAUUUUUGGAAAGACUUGGGUGGCAGAAGCCAAAGUCCAGAAAGUUAUCUCGAUAUAGUGCCUUCAAUUCUUUAUUAUCUGCGGAAAUGAGACAGCAUCUUUGAGUUUCCUUGCCCCUGGAGUUAAUGAUCCGGCUCAGGCUUUCUUAGAAUUCCUGGAAAGGCUGAUCUCGGGUCAUUAGAAUUGACACUUCUCCCUCUCCAGUCUCCUCCCGGCGUGCAAUAUUCUGUAUCUUCAUGUUGCUCUUAUUCAUACUGUUGGUUUUCCGUUUCUAACCUUUUUGACUACAUUGGAUUGGAUUAGAGUUCUACCCGUGGUUCUUCAAAAAGGGCAAAGCGAGGAAUUUGGACGCAGUCACAGUUGUAUAAUAAUUAGUUAUAAUGUGCUGUUAAUACUUUUAUCCUAUUCAUUGUACAUGUGUAUCAUCAGUAUUCUUGCACGCAAAAUAGCUAUAGAAUAGUUUGGAAAGGUAGUCCUGCAAAAGCAUUUGAAGCAAAGUUUGAAUGAUGUAUCACCAACUGCUCGUCAGAUGUAACAUGGGAUCAUCCUGGAAUAUAACUCAUUGCAGC